GACGCCAUAACUAGCCAACAAAAUCCGAGUUUCUCAAAAAAUCUCUUUCGGUUCCGCCGAUCCGUGCGCGAGAAGCCAUCUUCGUCCCUUCCCGUGUGGAUAGAAACAAUAGUUGGCGACAACCUCUCUCUCUCUCUCUCGGUAUUCCAAGAAAUCAACAGUCUGCUUCAACAUUUUCCAACUUGAACCAGGAAUUUAUGGUUUCCAGCAGGGCGACGGAAAUCGAGGAUUUGGAUUUGUGUUUGGGGGUUUUAUAUUGUUGGGAAACUGAAGUGGCAUUAGGGUAUCCGUGUUAUCAGACGAUUACUGUAAUUUGGCAAGAGUCGGGGAAAUUGGCUUUAGGUUCUGGUUUAGGGCUUUUAUGAUUCGGAAAAUUAAAGGGAGAUUUCGGUUUUUGUGGUAAUAGAGAAUUGUGCAGUGGAGUUUGGCUAUGAAGGGCCGGUCGCACCGUUAUCAGAGCACGGACCCUCCGGACGACUGGGUCGAUGAAUCUUGGACCGUGGACUGCCUGUGCGGUGUGAACUUCGACGAUGGCGAAGAGAUGGUCAACUGUGAUGAGUGCGGUGUGUGGGUGCACACGCGGUGCUCGCGGUACGUGAAGGGAGAUGAUAUAUUUGUGUGUGAUAAAUGUAAAGUAAAGAACAGUAUUAAUAGGAAUGAUAGUGAGGAGACCGAGGUUGCGCAGCUGUUAGUUGAGCUCCCUACCAAGACCGUGAGAAUGGAGAAGAGUGCACAUCCAUCCAAUGGGCCGCCCCCUCGGCGUCCUUUUAGGCUUUGGACAGAUAUACCAAUAGAGGAGAGGGUACAUGUUCAAGGGAUACCAGGUGGCGAGCCUGGUUUAUUUGGUGGGUUGUCGUCGGUGUUUACACCAGAGCUGUGGAAGUGCACUGGGUAUGUGCCCAAGAAGUUUAAUCUUCAGUAUAGGGAGUUCCCUUGUUGGGAUGAGAAGAAAGAGGGUGAUUCUAGAAUUGAAGAUGAGAAUGAGAACCCGAUUGAUAAGGGGGCUGGGGUUUUGUUCUCCUUGUCUAAGGAGAAAGUUUUGGCUGCCCCAAUGGCAGCUUUGGUCAGCAUGAGAGGCAGGAGUGAAGAAGAAGGCGGUGGAAAGGUGCCUUUGAAGGAGAUGAUAACGUGGGAGAGUGAAGAAUUAGAUGCUAGACGUGCACAAAAUGGUGUGAAGAAGGAGAGGAGCUUGCUUCGUCAUGCUGUUGUGCAAUCAGGUAAGCGGAAGAAAGAAGAUUGGGGUGCAUCCAAAGAUCGGAGUGGGAAGAAGAAGGCUAGAUCUAGUGAUAAAGAGGCAGAUGCAAGGAAGAGAGCUUCAUAUUCUUCUAAAACAGUGUUUACACCCACAAGUGAUGCAAAACAAGUGGAAUUUUAUGAAGACAGAGGUCUGAAGUUCAUAAAAAAUGACAUUAAGAACAAGAACCUGAAGGAUGCUAGUGUGCAGGAACUUCUACCAGAUGCUUAUCUUGCAGUAGAAAAUAAUGCACAAGAGCUCAAGAACAACGUAGCUGCUAUCAAGCACUCUUCAGAAGGCCUACCGUCAGUCUUGCCCAAGUGCGGCUUGGGAGUUGGUCUCAAUGAAGAAAGAGAUGGCCAUCAACUACUUACAGCAGUUGGGACCUCUUCAAACGCUGUUGAUGGUGUUGCAUCACCGUUGGAAAGCAAUGAUGCUGGUGGUAUUCCUGUAAAAGAAGAGGGAGGUAGUGAGGCAAAUGAUAACGUAGAAAACAGUGUAGAAGGUUCUGCUAGAAGUGUUGUGAAGUCUCCUAUUGAAGCUCUGGCUAGCACUGCGCCAAAAGUUAAGGACAAUCUGGUUCCUCAAGAUUUUAAUGGUGAUUUUCCACCGAGCUCGGAUGAACCAAAUGUUGAGGUGAAGAAUGAAGAAGAUGAUGCCAAUUCUAGGGGGCUCUUGAAAACUCGGUCUUCUCUUCCAGGUGAUGCAAAAGAGACAGGGAUAUCUUCUGACCAGAUGUCUGGAAAUUCUAAAUUGAAUGAUGUAGUGAUAAGCAGUUUGCAAUCCACUGACCAAAAACAAGAUGCUGAAAGAACUUCAGAAGCAGUCAGUUAUUAUCAUAUAGAUAAAUUUAAUGAAUCAUCUGGUGGUCCUUGUCAGCCUAAACGAGAAUUGGAAGGCUUAGAAGGUUCCUUGGCAGUUGAAAAGAUUUCUUCUGAAGCUAAACAUGCAUUGGGGUUUGCUGAAGAGCGUUCAAUAUCUGGUGGAACUAUCUCAAACACUCCAGCACUAACCAGCCAGCAUAAAAUGGUAGUAUGUGUUGCAAAAACUUCUUCCACUUCAUCCACCAUUGUGACUUCCAAAUCAUCCCCUGUUGAUGACACUAAACCUGCGGAUACUCAGAAUCUAAAUAUUGUCACCAUGCAACGAGUAACAUCUGACUGCAAUGUCGGCUGUAAGAAGGAUUGUGCUUCAAAUGAUGUGGUCAAGGAUGAAGAAAGGGAUGACUUGCCUAGGAACACAGUAAAGGAGCGUCCAAAAUAUUCUGAAAAUUCUUCUUCAAAAGCAUCACAUUCAAGCAGGAUUUCUCAUGAUCCUGUUGCAAAACGAAGUGUAUCAGAUUCUAAAGAUUAUGUCCAUAAUUCAUCUUCUAAGUCAUUAUCAGCCCAGAAUAUUGUGCCUACCCCCGAGUCUGGUGAAUCUGCCGGAUCACUGCCACCGCCAAAGUCUUUACAUUCACAAAAUAAGAUUCCGGCUUCAGGUUUACCACAGAGAACUGACAAGUCUAACCAGACAAAUUACCAACUGCCAUCUAAGAUGAAUCAGAGUCAUGGGCCUUCUGUGCAUCCUCCUUCAAAUUCUCCUGCAACCCUCAGCGAUGAAGAGCUUGCCUUACUUUUGCAUCAAGAGCUAAACAGUUCUCCUAGGGUACCUCGCGUGCCACGUAUGCGCAAUGCAGGUAGCUUACCUCAGUUGGCUUCUCCAAGUGCAACAAGCAUGUUAAUGAAACGUUCAUCUAAUUCUGGAGGAAAGGAUCAUGGUUUGGUUUCUAGAAGAAAAUACAAGGAUACAUCCAAAGAUGCAUUCCGCCGUUCUCAUGACCAUGAUGAUGAAGCUAAAAAGAUGGACAGACUGCCAUCUUCUCCUGAUCAGAGGAGACAAGACAUAAUGCAUAUGGUGGAUGCUUCCACCAAGAGGGAUGACAAUGGAUCCCCAACAUCCUUCCAUUCUGUCAAGAAGAAUAUUGCUCCUGCUUCUGCUACAACUACAAACAGUGACCCAUCUUCCUCCACUGAGGCUAAUGAACUGAAUUUGUCAUCUGCACGUGAUUCACCUAGGAAUACCUCUGAUGAUGAUACAGGGGCUGUUGGGGGUCCAGUGCAUCGCACUUUGCCAGGCUUGAUCAAUGAGAUUAUGAGCAAAGGCAGGCGCAUGACUUAUAAGGAACUCUGUAACGCCGUCCUGCCACAUUGGCAUAACUUGAGGAAGCAUAAUGGAGAGCGGUAUGCAUACUCAAGCCAUUCUCAAGCUGUUCUUGAUUGCUUGAGGAACCGCCAUGAAUGGGCUCGGUUGGUUGAUCGUGGUCCCAAGACAAAUUCAAGUCGGAAAAGGCGUAAAUCUGAUGCCGAUGACUCAGAGGAUAAUGAAUAUGGAAAAAGCAGAAUGGCGAAGGAGGUAGAAGGCAAGAGCCUUGAUACUCAGAGAGAGGAGUUUCCCAAGGGCAAGCGGAAAGCGCGAAAGCGCAGGCGAUUGGCUCUCCAAGGAAGGGGAAUAAAGGAUGUGAGAAAGACAAGGAAGGCUGAUUUGCUCUCUGAUGAUGAUGUUGGAUUUUCUGAUUCCAGUGAGGAGAGUAUAUUUAGUGAGGAUGAGAUUCCGGGAGGUGGUGCAUGUCCAGCUGGAAGUGAGGCCUCUGCUAGUUUAGAAGAGACAGGAACCAUUUAGUUGUAGAUUGUUGCUUAGCAAAGGAAUUCUGGAUUGUUGAACUUUUGGUUUAUGUUUUGUUUUCAAGGGUGAAGAGGCCACAACCAUGUUUAAUGGUGAGAAUAGCUUGUUGGCUAGAUUCCAGCAUCUUCCAUGUAUAUUUAUAGCAACACAGUUGGCUAUUCUGGGCCACCUCUGUCGUAUGGUCCCCAAAGGAUAAUUGAGGCCCAUGAAUGAGUUCAUGUCAGAUCAAUGCACUCAACCACUCUGCCGUUGUUCCCAGACUCUUGUUACCAGUCUUAUAGUGGGGUGGGUGCUUGGUGCCAAGUCUAAUGUGAAUUAUUGUUAUAUUUGUGUACAUAACUUGGUAAUUUUGUGAC